CAACUUCCAGAGCGAAGAUGAGAGCCCCAUGGUGACACUACACCGAGCCGUGCAGUGAUACUCAGGAACCGCCAAUUCGACAGCCUUCUGCGACCAUUCAGGCUUUGACUCUAUGCGGAAAUGAUCUUCAUCGAAGAAAGCACCCCAGCUGUCGAGUCCCCGAGGGUGUGGGAGGAGCCGCAGUCAAGCGGGGCGGCAUGGAUCCCUUUCAACCCUUGGGCAUACACAGACACAUAGCACGACAAGCGAGGCUCGAUCCCAAGUUAUCUCCGACACGGUUACCUCAGCCAAGCAGCUAUCAUCAUUUCACGGCGGACAGCGCAACCGGUCAUCGCUGCUCAAGGGUCGAUGUAUCUCGAUGUCGAUGGUGGCUGACCGCAUGGGAUGAACGCCUGUCUCAGUUGAGAUGGUGAUGGAGGGACGAGCAGAAGAAAACCUUGACUGAACGGCCAACGGAACUGCUUGGCACCUUUGCACACACCCUGCCCGAUGACGUAGCGUCCUGCCGGUUCCAAGGCCCUGCGCAUGCCGACUUUUUCGGGCCCUCCCAAAGAGGUGUCGCUUCGGAAAACUCUCCAGCCCCCUCUGAAGACUCCAUCUUCCAUGACCCCCGGGCCAAUCCCACGCCCUCUCUUCCUACCUCUUUGCUGUACCUGGAUACCGUGGAUGUCGCCGAAGGGCCCCGUACGGAAUCCUUCCCCUAGAUCCUACACCCCUCCACGUCGUGUCCAAAACUGUCUCCGUCUCCCCCUCCCCCUCCCGCUCCUGUCAUAACCUCAACUAUUGCUGCGAGCCCAAAGACCGGCUGGCCACUCACGUCACAAGUCAUUGCUGGAGCCGAAAAAUAUAACUCCCGUGCCCAGCAUCAGUCUCCGUUCCACCCCCAUCUUACCGUUUCAUGCGCUGUGUUUGGUACCUCCCGUCUUCUGCUCCGUCUUUUGCUCCGUCAUCGCUGAACCCUCCAAGCCCUAGUCCCCAAGACAAGGUGGGGGACGGGAAAUGGUUGAUGCGAGUCCUGUCCACCAAGCCAGCUUUGGGCUGACGGGCCAUACGCCGCCAAUACGGCCUCGUCGGUGUUGGUUGGGCAUAGCUAUCGUCGACCCAUCCCCGCUUCCGCUGCCGGCCUGCUUCCAUGUGUCAGCACCCCAGAGACCAAACCAACAUAUUUGACCGAUCACCGGGCAUCCUGGAUUGACCGUAGUGUCCGAGGCCGGCUUGGAUCGCGGUCAGCCCUUCUUUAAAGAAGAUGGGCGACCCUCCAGCAACACCGACAUCAGCCUCCGUCGAUGCCAGCCCCUCGAUAGCAUCCUCAUCCAGUUCCAAUAUCAGAAAGGAGAGAGGCGCCAUCGCCGCACAGGUUCGGACCCUCAUCCCCCCUAUCACUGGCCAGUGUAUGUUCUCUGACCUUGUCUUCAGGCAUGCGAUACCUGCCGCAGUCGAAAGCAACGAUGCGAUGAACAGCGUCCCAAAUGUGGCACCUGUCAAAAGUUCAGGCUCGAAUGCAACUAUCGAGAGCCCGUUCCCACCAAACAAGACUCUAGUGGAGAUUCUCGAACGGUUGAAGGGCCUCGAUGAUCGGUUGCUGAACUUGGAAACGAAAGUGGACGAUUUAAGCCAUCGGGGAAGCUCCGGCCCUUCCGCACUUGGCUUCCCCCAUCUUCAGGCACCCGACUAUGCCAGUCAGGCUGGAGCUGCGAUGAUUGACCCAGCGCUGACAGCAGCACCAUUUAACUUGCAGCACGAUUUGUCUCGAAACGCACCGGUGGGUCAGGACCAGUACAAAUAUGUUUCCUCUGUUCACCAGAUGCUAGGCUGGCCAGCGGUACAGCAGCUGUUUGCUUCGAUCCAGGCGCGGUUGCCACACGUUAACUUCUCCUCGCUGGAGCGCGAUGGAGUCUCGCACAUGCUAGGAGUCCAUCGCCCAGAGUCACAAGGGCUGCCUUCCGAAGGCACCAUGCGCACUGAGCGUUCGCCUGGGCUUCUGACGACCUUGACCUGGGAAAACGUUCGGAUGUGGAGCCAGGCUUACUUCGACACUACCAACCUCUUUUACCCUAUUCUAGAUCGCCAGUCCUUCAUGCAGGAGACUUUGCCAUCCCUUUACAGGAGCGGCUUCAGCAACUCGAUAUCCUCGACCAUCGCCCUGCUGGUAUUCGCUCUCGGGGAGGUAUCGCUAGAAGGAAGAGAAGGGGCACCUGUGCACGUUUACAACGGACGAGCGAGUGGGGUGAAAGGGGGCUCGAAAGCGCAACCCCCUGGGCUUGCUUUGUUCAACGAGGCGAGAAGCAGAAUGGGGUUUGAUCUCACGGAGUGCAGUCUGGAAAACGUUCAGAUAUUCGCCCUCGCAAGUGCAUAUUAUGGGAGCUGCUUCUAUCCGAUGGACUUUUGGAGAAUGACUGCCUCCACCUCUUUGGCACUUCAGGCUCUCAUAACCAGCAACCCCGGAGAGCUAUCCUCACCGAGGGCGGACCUGAUCAGGAGAGCAUUUUGGCAUUGCUCUAUCUUGGAGACUUCUCUCAAUCUCGAGCUGGGGUUCCCGCUAACAGGUCUUGAGAGGAUGGAGAACACUGUAGGACUUCCGACUUUUAGCGGUCCUUUCUGUGAAGACGAUGUCAUUAGCAACCAACAGUCUCAUUUCCAAGAGCAUUUCGCCUCUCAGAUUGUCCUGAGGCGGCUACUGGUGGGAUUUCACCACGCCCUCAGCAACACACCAAUGUCCGCCCAGUUAGGCGGUGUUCCCACCCCCUUUACUUCGGCAAACAACAGCCCUGGCCUUAGCCAGAUUACGAUCCAGCAGCUGGCCCUUCAACUGGAACAAUGGCGCGGCAUGCUCCCUCCUCACCUUCGCUGGCAAGAGGAUUGCCCAGGAGCCUUCCCCAGCACUACUACCGACAUGUUCGGCGGCAACACCCACACCCCAGCCAGCACGCCCAUCUCCCCGUCCAUGUCUCACACCAGUCAACCAUCAUCACUACCAGCGGUAUCGACACCAGCACCACCACUGAUGUUCUCCACCGAUCUCGACUCCCCUCCGGCUCAAUACCCCUACGUCCUCGACGUCCAAGUCGCGCUUCUCCGCUCUCGUUAUUAUUACACCAAAUACCUCCUCCACCGUCCCUUCCUCUACAAAGCUCUCCACUACCCCGACAGCGUGACCCAAGACGACGCCCUGGGCGCAGCCGAGUGCCUCAAGGCCUCGCUGAAAUGGCCAGUGGCAAUGUCCCCCACAUGCAAGCACAAGCGGCUCGUGCCCUGUAUGUUCUUCUUCACCCAGAACUUCUUUGGUAUCUUGCUGUUAUUGCAUCUGAGCACGACGGUGCCGCUGUUGAGGAGGAUAAGAAGCACGCUUUGCGGCGAGAGGUUUGAGAUGGACGCGAGGGAGACGGUGGGUUUGUAUCUCGACUGGUUGAGGGACUUGAAGCCUAUCGACGGGGGGACGGCGUGGCACUGGGAGGUGGUGAGGGCUAUUUAUGGUCUGGAGGGGGGUUAGCCGGUUAGCUAAGUAAGUACCGCGAAGGGGGGCGAGGGG